AUGGGGCAGACUGGGAAGCAAUUCAGAGCUCUGCUCUGGAAGAAUUGGCUCUGCAGACUCAGGCACCAGGUUCUUUCCCUGGCGGAAUUCUUCUGGCCAUGUAUUCUGUUCAUGAUUCUGACAGUACUUCGUUUCCAAGAACCUCCCAGACAUAGAGAAACAUGUUAUUUGCAACCCCGAGAUCUGCCCAGUCGUGGUAUUUUCCCCUUUGUCCAAAGUCUUCUUUGCAACACUGGGUCAAAGUGCAGUAAUGUAAGCUAUACCUGGUCAGCAGAACAUCUUUCUCGUUCAUCCACAUCCUGGACUGCAACGGACAAUCACAAGAAGGUCAACAACCUGGUUUUCUUAAAAGAGAUACAGGACUUUGCUAAAGAUAUCUAUGAAAUUAUGGACAAAGCAAAACGUUUACACAAUGUUUGGAAAGAAAGAUCCAAGAGUCCAGAUCCGUCUUCCAGUUCCAGUUUUUUAACAAUGGAUCUGAAUAAGACUGAGGAAGUAAUACUGAAACUGGAAAGCCUUCAUCAGCAACCCUAUAUCUGGGAUUUCCUACUUUUACUACCAAGAAUAAAUGAAAAAAAUAUUCAUAAUGAAGAUGACAUUCAUGUUAUAUUAAAUUUUCUCCAGGCAGUGUUAAAUUCAUUAACAUCUCUAGAAGAUUUAGAUUGGCUGCCACUCAACCACACUGUUUUGAGGAUUUCUGAAAUUGUGCUAAAUGUGACCAUUUCUACGCUGACAUUUCUUCAGGAAUAUGGUGCAGUAGCUGCUACUAAUAUGGAAUACAAUAUGUCCUUGCACGAUUUGGUGUGGGAUCCACAGAAUUUACAGGCAGACCUGAAAUCCCUAUUUGACUCUGAUGACCUUCAUGCAGAACAAGGCGGAAAUUAUUCAAUUGGACCACAAGAGGUAUUUGAUCAACGGCAGAAGGGUAGCCUAAUUCAGAUGGUGUUAGCAGCAACUGGACACAGUCUGGAGGCCCUCAAGAGUCAUUUUGAGGAGAAGGAUCAGCUGUGGAAAGUCGCAGAUGCUUUACAUGCCACCCUCCCUCUUCUGAAUGACAGCUUGAGAGCAGAGAGCCUCAAAGGCCCCCAUACAUCUCCAAAGAUAUUUUUGUAUUUAUGGAAAUUGCUAAACAUUCUUCAAAAAUUGUCUCAGUGGUUGCCUUGGAAGAGAUUGCAUCAGUUCGAUAAAGCUCUUAACAAUGCUGUAACCCAGAAAUUACAUUUUAUUCGAGAAAUCUUCAUUCGCCUGCAGAUAUUAGCUAAAUAUUCCAAGCUGGAUGAACGCAAUCAUUUAAAACUGGAAAAGGACAUAUUCUUUAGAGAAUUAAAGCAGUUGCUGAUAAAGAACACUACUGUUAAAUGUCCAAAUGGACACUGGUCUAAGAUGGAGAGUCCCUUGAGUCCUGAGAAUUCCAGCACAUGGGAAGCCCUCUGGGGGAUGAUAUGUGAUCACAAUUCCACUACUUUAAAUAAUUUACUUGGCUCAGUUGAAGAUGCUGAUUAUCUGUUGCAAGAGGUCAUUACUAGGCACACAAAUAAACCAUUUUCAAUACCUAAAGAAUCAAGCUGGGAGGAACUAGAGGCGCAGCUGUUGGAAAUCAGUUUUUCCUGUUCAAGGCUCUUCCACAUACUGGGAGCAGAAGUCUUAGCUAAGAAUAGCACCUUUUCUGUUGACUGCAAGGACCAGCUUAUUUCCACAGUGGUACGUUAUGUACUUGAAAAAUCAAAGUUGUUCUUAGAACAAACACACUGCUGGAAAGUCUUCAUAGGAUUUGUCAGGACAACUUGUGAAAUGACUCAGUAUGUGAAUAGUCAACAAGAUUUCCAGAAUAAUCUGUUUGAUUUCUCUGAGGAUUCUCCUUGUUAUAAAGAAAACAUGGAUUGGAAAUUCAUCAUCACUAACUAUGUUACGUUUUUAAAUAACUUAAUCAAAUCUCCAAGAAAAACCAUAUCCAGGGUCUUAAAUUCCACAAAGGAACUUCUAAUGAUGAAAACGAAGUUGCAUACAUUUGAGGAUAAGCAUGUAAACAAUCUUCUAUCUUUUGUGGAAUUUUUUCAGAAAUUAUUAUUGCCUAAUACUUUAAAUUUAACCAAUGUUCAUGAUAUCCAUGACCUCCUGUCUCUCACUGGUAUUAUCACCAGUACAAAUUCUUCGAGGGUAAAUCAUUUAAAAGGUUUGAAAACAGAUCUAUUUGCUACUUACAAUAGUAAACUUUUGGAAUUUGCCAAGCAGAUUGUUGGAAAAAUACAAAUGCUUGAAAGAUUCUGGAUGAAGAAAGAAUCAAAAGAUAUUUUGAGUCUUAUGGAAUUAAUACCUUUUGAAAUUAAUCCCAAACUGCUGAAAUUUUGGAUGCAUCGAAUUUCUAAAGGAGAAAGAGCUAAAUUGGAAAACUUUUCUACACUUCUGAAUUUUUCUAUUGAAGAAAGUGAAAGAAUUCAAAGUAAAAGCUUUAACUUCUCUGACUUGUUCUGUUCAGAUUGUCCUAAACCAACAAAUAAAGUAUACUUUGUACAUUUAAGUGAAAAUAUAAUAAAUAAUCUCUAUGAAUUUGGAUUUCUGAGGCAGGAACAAGUCUCAGAAGCUCUGGACAUAGUUUAUGCUAUGAAAAAUGUAUCUGAUAUUUUCACAACCUUGUCUGAACCUACUAAAAAAGAAAUUGGUAGAAUUUUGACUCAUAUAUAUCUAAGAAUCUUCAAGAACAAAGACUCAGCUUUACUUCUGAAAAUUUAUUCUUCAUUUUACAAAUACAUUUAUGGAUUUGUUAGCCUUCAAAAUAAAGAAUCUUUGCUAUCUUUCUUUACACAAAUAUCAAAACAUAUUUUGAAUAUCAUUAAACAAUUUAAUUUUCAAAGCAUCAAUAAGGCAUUUGCAUUUUUAUAUGAGACAGCAAGAGUUAUUCAUGGAAUUUCUGACUUGCCUUAUUGUCAGAAAUUUCUUUCAAUAUUUAACUUUUUGGAGAAUCAAGCUAAGUCCCCGAAGUCUAUAAAAGACCCCAAAUUGGAAGUCAUCUAUGCAACGUUGACAGGCCUCAAACAGCUGCUCAGAGUAGACAAAGAUUUUCGCAUUUAUUUAUUUCAGUAUCUGAGUCAAUUUUUCAAUAGUUCAGGAGAGGCACUGUUGGAUAAUGAAUGCUUUGCUCUGGAUAAUAAAGUCGUUUCUUCUGUGAACUACUCAGUAGGUGAAGAAUCUUCAUUUAUCCUUCCAUGGUCACAAAUCCUUUCAAACCUUUCAACAAAAAGUGGUGUGCUCAAUGAGUUUAUGGCUAUUCACUGCACCAUUUCAUGGCUUCAAAUGCGGACCGAAAUAUUUGAAAGCAUGUCUCAGAUAUUUAAGUUAGAUAUGAACAUUUUUACCCCUCUUCGUGUUGGCCUCACUCAGCUUUUGGAAGUAUUGGACAAUGAUAUGAAGAUAUCUAAAAGCUGCCAGAAAAUAUUUCCCACUCAUCACCCUACUGAAUUCAUAUUAAAUUUGUUUAGAAAUGUAACUCAAGUUGAAAGCUUCUAUGAUUGGGAUGAUAUUCAAGAUCUCAGAGACCUAUGGAUAGAAUUAGGUGAUGCAUUAAUUGCAGUAAAGUCUUUUAAUCUGGACAAAUUAGAGAAAUCUCUUUUCACCAUGAAAACUAUCCUGCAUCAAUUAAAGACAUUUCUAAUACAUGGCAGUGCAAGAAGAGAAUUUUUAUAUUCUCUGCUUGACAUUUCUGCUGAGUUAAGCAAUACCUCAGAAUACUUGGAUAGAAAUGCGCAUUUGAUAAACAACUUUCUUUCUAAUAACCAUACAAAUUUUGGAGUAGAGUUUGAAAAUGCCUUGAGUGAUGUAAGAGAAACUAUAUUAUUUCUGAGAAAUGUAUCGCAUAACCAAGAUUUAUUGUAUUGUGCUGAUGUUUUCCGAAAUGUUACUGAAAUUAUUUUGGAAAAUGACUUAUAUCUAAAUAAUUCUCAGAAGGUAUUAUAUAUUCUGUCUACUCUGAAUUCCACAUUUUCUUCUGAGGACGCGGUUAGCAGACUGAAAGGCUGUAUUGCAUGGGUAGACAUUAUGAAUCAUCUGCAUGUGAUAUAUAACUCAAGCUUUAUAGAAGGCCAUUUUCAGAGUAUUUUCAGGCAUUUCAGAGAAGUGGAAAACAAAGUGAACUCUACAUUGAAGCUUGUUACUUGGAUAUUAAAUAUAAAGGAACCUCACUGUUUAUUGAAUGUGUCAGAUAUAUAUUGUAUGAAUAUUUACUUGAAAAAUGUAACUGACUUUCUAAACACUGUGCUUACUACCAUCUUUGAUAAGGAAAAAUUACCAAACUUUGAAAUUUUAUUGACUCUCUUAAAUAGUUCUACAAACCAAGUAAAAAUGAUUAUCAGUAACUUAUCAGAAGAUUUUGGUUCUGCCUCUCAAUCUAACUGGGAAAAUUUUACUGAAUUAAUUUUAAGACCCACAGUAAUGUCAGAUGAAAUUUCUAGUCAGUUUCAAAAUAUUUGGUUUCACUUAGUAGCUCUGGGGAAAGAAAUUCAAAAAUUUAUAAAGGAUAUUUCUGUCAACAUCCUAGAAAAAAAUUCUGCCAUAGAUAAAUCUUUAUUAAAUAUAUUUACUACCAGACCAAAGGAAAAUGAUAUGAAUAGAUUACAAAAUUCAUUUUAUCAUUUUGUCAGUUACAUCGCUUUUAACUUAUCUCACAAUGUCAAAUUUUCACCCCAAACAAUUCCACAUGAAGUAAUGAAAGCCGUUGGUCUUGGCAUUCAAAUGGCAAAGGAUAUGUUUAACUCUCUGAUGCCUUCAGUUUAUAACAAUAUUGCACAAGAUUCAAGUAGUGUUCAAGUUUUAAAGAAGGUAACUUCUCUCCUGCAUACUUUCAAGAAGGCAGAUAUAGAUCUGCUAGUAGAACAACUUGAACACAUUAGUGAGAACCUAAUGGAUUUCUUUAAGAAUAUUAGUAGAUUAGACUCUGGCAGUUUUGGAAUCAACUUGAUUGUUGACUUGAUGGAAAAGUUUGUGGACAGCUCACAUUCCUGGAAUGUUAACCAUUUACUAAAGCUCUCACGCCUGCUUCCUAAAGAUGACGUUAAUGUUGUUGUAGAUGUGUACUACAUGCUUCCUCACGCUGUGAGGCUCCUACAAAGAGCUGUUGGUCAAAAUAUAACAGAAGUCUUUAAGGAUGUCUAUAACUUCACACUUCUUCAUGGCAUAAACAUUUUAAAUGUCACCAAAGAAGACUUUGCUAUUGUUAUAAAAACUCUUCUGGAUGCAACUGAAUUAAUAUCAGAUAACCCAAAUAUUAUUUCAGAGGCUUUAAUUUGCCUUCCUGUGGCUUGGUGUUGGAAUCGCACUUUUAGAUUUCAGCAGAAUCCAAAGUUAGAGACUUGUGAUGUCCAUGGGUUCAUGUCUUCUUCAUUUUAUAGCAAAAUAGUGAGCAUAUUUGAUCAUCUCCACUUGUCUCCCCCAGUAGGAGAUUCACAAUGUUCAAAUAAAAGUUUGCAGAUGGAAUUAACUAGGAAAAUGGUCUGUGUAAUUCAUGAGUUAGUGGACUUGAAUUUCAUCCUUCUAGAAGUAUCUGAAGUCUUCCAUGUUAAAAAUCCACUUACACAAACCGUACAAGAAUUUUGGCAUAAGGUGUUACCAUUCAUCCCAUCUCCUGAAAACCAAACAAAUGACGGCAUCUCUGAAGUCUGUCCAAAUGUAUUUAUAAAGCAAGUUGCCUUGCAAAUGAUUAAAAAACUAAAAACAGUCAACUUCACCAACAUUAUAUCAAAUGAAAGUAUUCUUGAUAAACUACUUAGCUUAAACAGUAUCUUCAAUGUUAAUGAACUGAAUGCAAAUAAUACUGACCUUCAAAUAAUCAAUUCUGUUAAACUCACCUUGAAACAAAUAAAGUCAGAAAUAGGUGAGGGAAAUUUUUUUUCAAGAAGCAUAGUAGAAUGGAUGGAAAAUGUUUUGGAAAAAUUCUUUGCUGUUUUACAAAAGAAAACUUCUGAGAACAAAGUAUUUCUUCUACUAAAUGACUUUAAUGAAGACAUCAUUGCAGAGAUGAAAAUCCCACUAACAGAUGAAAGUGUGGCUGCAAUGUGUCAGACUUUCCUGCAGCCUUUGAAAUCUCCAGAAGCCCUUGUCACUCUGCAGAAAGUGCAGUUGCUGACAAUGCGAUUGAUUUUGAUAUUUGCAGAAAACCCUGUCUUUACUAAGGAUGUUUUGUGUGCUGCUCUGAGUUGCAAGCAAGAUGGAAUAGGAUAUCUCAGUCUAUCUGCUCUACAAGGAGUCACUUUGGUCUAUGAUCACUAUCCGGAAUUGGAAAAGAUAUGGUCUUCACCUGAUCAAAGAAAUUGUGAAGAUCUUAGCAGAAAUCUUUCUAGAAUGUUGAAGAGCUUCAAGGACAGAUUGGAAAAUGCCACCGAUGAGAAUUGUGAAUGUGAACCCUCACUAGACAUUGUUCAGCAACACAUCUACAUGUUGAUUCAGAGCUUUGGGAAAACUUUAUUGUCAGGGAAUCCCUUUAUGGUUUUUCUGAAGAAUUUCACAAUAACAGAGAAUAUAAAGGUAAAAACUUUGAUGAAGAAUGUCACCAAACUAACUGAAGAGCUACAGACUUCCAUUCAUAUCUCAAAAGAAACCAUUGAGAGUAUUUUAGAAGCAAAUAUUUCCCACUCACAGGUUCUCUUGAGUGCUCUCACUGCAGCCUUAUCUGGAAGAUGUGACUGGGACAUUCUUCACCUCCUGCUGGAGUUUCCCAAGGAUGAAUCAUCUUGGUUUGCAGUCAAAGAACUGUGUGACAUGCCUGUAUCCAAAAUGUAUUCACUGAUCAUAUUGAUGAGUCGGAACUUGAACCUGCGGAAUGUCAUAUACAAAACUAUGAUUCCUCCAGAAGCCAGCAGCAUGCUCCAUUCUCUGUUGGAUCUCAUUUCCAGCCUCAGCCACCUGCUUUCAAAAGCUGGUCACAUCCUUGAAUACCUUCCUGAAUUUCUUCAUUCAAUGAAAAUUACUUCCUUGUUAGCUGUGUCCAACUUCCAACAGGUUUCACAGGAUAAUAAGGCCAGAAGCUCAGCCUUUGGUUCAUUUCAGUCUGUGAUGAAGAUGAUUUGCAGGGACCAGGGGUCUUUCUUGAGCAACACUAAUACAUUUAUUGACUUGCCUAGAGUUAACGAACUUUUGGAAGAUGACAAAGAAAAGUUCAACAUUCCUGAAGAUUCAACACCCUUUUGCUUGAAGCUAUAUCAGGAAAUUCUACAUUUUCCAAAUGGUGCUUUGAUAUGGUCUUUUCUAAAGCCCAUAUUACAUGGAAAAAUAUUGUACACACCAAACACUCCAGAGAUUAAUAAGGUCAUUCAAAAGGCUAAUUAUUCUUUCAUUUUUGUGGACAAGUUGAAGGCUUUAUCAGAAACAUUGCUAAAAACGUCAAAUGUUCUUCAGAGCAGUGGAAAUGACCAGAUGCUAAAUGAACUGCAGAAAGUUUUAAGAAACAAAUUUAUAAGAAACUUUAUAGAAAGUCAGUUGAACAUUGAUGUAGACAAAUUGACUGAAAAGCUCCAAACAUAUGGAGAGAUGCUACACAGGAUGUUUAAUCACACAAAUGUUGGACACAUCAAUUUCUUAGGCCAUAUCUUGGUUAAUCUCUCUUCCUGUGUGGCAUUAAAUCGUUUCCAAGCAAUGGAUUCUAUCACCAUCCUGGAGUCUAAAGCUCAUGAACUCAUGCAGAGAAACAAUUUCUUGGCCAGUAUCAUAUUUAACAAUUCCUUUGUUGGCAAGAACUUCACAUCAGAAUCUCUCCAGCUGCCAGCCCACAUUACCUACACAAUUCGGACCAGCGUGUUGUACAGCAUGAGAACAGAUUUGGUGAAAAACCCCUAUUGGAAGUUCCAUCCUCAGAGCCUACCAACAAAUGGAUUCAAAUAUAACUACGUCUUUGUUCCACUGCAAGACAUGAUUGAAAGAGCGAUCAUUUGGGUGCAGACUGGGCAGGAAGCCACGGAGCCAGGCACUCAGGCUCAGGCAAUCCCAUACCCUUGUCACACCAGCGACCUAUUCUUGAACAAUGUUGGUAUAUUUUUCCCCUUGAUAAUGAUGCUGACGUGGAUGGUGUCUGUAGCCAGCAUGGUUCGAAAGUUGGUUUAUGAGAGAGAAAUCCAGAUUGAAGAGUACCUGAAGAUGAUGGGAGUGCACCCUAUCAUGCAUUUUCUGGCUUGGUUCCUGGAGAACAUGGCUAUGUUGACUUUGAGCAGUGCUACCUUGGCUGUCAUUUUGAAAAUAAGUGGAAUCUUCGCACACAGCAAUGCUUUAAUUAUUUUUCUUUUUCUCCUCAAUUUUGGGGUGUCAGUCAUCAUGCUAAGUUACUUCUUGAGUAAUUUUUUUAAUCAGGCAAACACAGCAGCCCUCUGUACAAGCCUAAUAUAUAUGAUCAGCUUUUUGCCUUAUAUUGUUCUACUGAUUCUGCAUAACCAAUUGAAUGCUAUCAUCCAGACAUUUCUGUGCCUUCUCUCAACGACUGCCUUUGGACAAGGAAUAUUUUUUGUUACUUUCCUAGAAGGGCAAGAAACAGGAAUUCAGUGGAAUAAUAUAUAUGAGGCUCCUGAAGAAGUGGGCAUGACAUUUAGCUGGGUUUCAUGGAUGAUUCUACUUGAUUCGGGUCUUUAUUUUUUAUGUGGAUGGUAUCUCAGCAACUUGAUUCCUGGAACUUUUGGUUUGCGGAAGCCAUGGUAUUUCCCCUUUACUCUGUCAUAUUGGAAGAACAUAUGUGGUUUGAUAGAGAAAAGUCCACCUGUGCCACGUUCUGAUCUGUUCUUUAUUGGGAAUUUUGGAAUAAAAGGAUCAUCUUUGCAAAAUGGGGAAGGAAAACUUGAAGAGGGUUACCCAGGUGUUGAAUUGGUAUCUGUGACUAAGGAGUUUGAAAACCACAAAGCCAUCCAAAAUCUCACCCUCACCUUUUACCAAGACCAGAUUACUGCACUGCUGGGCACCAAUGGUGCUGGAAAGACCACUGUCAUGUCCAUGUUGACUGGCCUCUACCCACCUACUUCUGGAAACAUCAUCAUCAAUGGCAAGGACCUACAGACAGACUUGUCUGCCAUCAGAGCGGUGUUGGGGGUGUGUCCCCAGCGUGAUGUCUUAUUUGACAACCUCACUGUGUUGGAGCACCUGAUGCUCUUUGCUUCCAUCAAAGCACCACAAUGGACCCAGAAGGAGUUGCAGCAUCAAAUCAACAAAACUCUUCAGGAUGUUGAUUUAAUUCAGCACCAACACAAACAAGUUCAUACUCUUUCUGGAGGUAUGAAAAGGAAGCUCUCCAUUGGCAUUGCUUUCAUUGGCCGAUCAAGGACUGUUAUUCUAGAUGAGCCCACCAGUGGGGUUGAUCCUUGCUCUCGUCGGAGCAUCUGGGAUAUUCUUCUCAAGUAUCGAGAAGGUCGAACAGUGAUCUUCACUACCCAUCAUCUGGAUGAGGCUGAAGCACUCAGUGACCGUGUGGCUGUUCUGCAGAGGGGACUCCUACACUGCUGUGGGCCUCCCUUCUGCUUGACCGAGGCUUUUGGCCAGGGCUUCAGCUUGACACUCACAAAACAAAGUUCUCUUAUGGAGGAACAGAAUUCUAAGGAGAUCUCCUGUAUCACAUCUCUGAUACAGAGCUAUAUUCCACAAGCAUUUCUCAAAGACACAAGUGGUUGUGAGCUAACCUACACCAUCCCCAGAGAUGUAGACAGAAUUGGCUUCAAAGGACUCUUCCAGGCCCUGGAUCAGAACCUUCAUCAUUUAUACCUAACAGGCUAUGGAAUUUCAGACACCACCCUAGAAGAGGUGUUUCUGAUGCUUUUGCAAGACACCCCAAAGCAAACUGACAUUACUCCAGAAUCUAAGUUGGAAGUACAGUCCCACAAACCUAAGAAGAGUACAGCUAUGUACAAUGGUCCUCCUGUGAAAACCCCACCCAACCAUGGUGGCCAGCUGCUUCUGGAACAGAUGGCUGCCCUCUUUAUAAAGAGGUUGCUUCGUACUCUUCGGGCCUGGAAAUGGACUCUUUCCAACCUAAUGUUGCCAGUCCUCUUUGUAGCCUUGGCCAUGGGCCUGUUUAUGGUGAGGCCUGUAGCCAUUGAAUACCCGCCCCUCAAACUAACACCUGGCCAUUACGAAAGCACUGAAAGCUACUUUUUCAGCAAUGAGGGCCAAGACACAGAUCUUGCUCAGACACUUUUGAAGAAAUUUGGAGACCAGGAUCUGCUUUGUGCUGAUUUGAACCCACGCACGACGAAUUCUUCAUGCUGGCACAUUGAUCCCUUUUCUCAACCCCAAGUCUUUGACUCCUGUGGCUGUCUGCAGUGUCCAAACAGAAGUGCCAAGGCCCCUUACCUGGUCAGUCGCCUGGGCCACACCCUGCUGAACCUGUCUUCCUUUAACCUGGAGGAUUAUUUGCUGAUGCCACAUGAAAAACCAAGGCUUGGAGGUUGGUCUUUUGGAGUGCCACUGCCAGACAAAGUUGAAGACUCAGAUUCAAAUAUAUCAAAACCAAAAACUCUAGAAAAGGUGUGGUAUAAUCAAAAGGGGUUUCAUUCUCUCCCUUCCUACCUAAAUCAUCUGAACAACCUUAUAUAUUGGAGAUUUUUACCUCCUGUAGUGGACUGGAGACAAUACGGAAUAACACUCUAUAGCCACCCAUAUGGAGGUGCACUGCUGAAUGAGGACAAGAUCCUGGAGAGUAUCCGGCAGUGUGGUGUGGCCCUCUGCAUCGUUCUGGGAUUUUCUAUCCUAUCUGCAUCAAUUGGUAGCUCUGUGGUGAGGGACCGGGUGACAGGAGCCAAAAGAUUGCAGCACAUAAGUGGCCUGGGCUACAGGACAUAUUGGUUUACUAAUUUCCUAUAUGACAUGCUUUUCUACUUAGCUUCUGUCUGCCUGUGUGUCGCAGUUAUCGUCGCGUUCCAGUUAACAGCUUUUACUUUCCGUGAAAACUUGGCAGCUACGGCCCUCCUGCUGGCACUCUUCGGAUAUGCAACUCUUCCAUGGAUGUACCUGAUGUCCAGAAUCUUCUCCAGUUCAGAUGUAGCUUUCAUCUCUUAUGUCUCUUUGAACUUCAUCUUUGGUCUCUGCACCAUGAUGAUGACCAUCAUGCCCCGAUUACUGGCUAUCAUUUCCAAAUCUCAGAAUUUGCAGAACAUCUAUGAAGUACUCAAGUGGGUCUUUACAAUUUUCCCUCAGUUCUGUCUGGGUCAGGGAUUAAUUGAACUCUGUUAUAAUCAGAUCAAAUAUGACUUGACCCAUAAUUUUGGCCUGGAUUCCUAUGUUAGUCCCUUUGAGAUGAAUUUCUUGGGAUGGAUAUAUAUACAACUGGUUUUACAAGGCACCAUUUUCCUCAUCUUAAGAAUUCUGCUUCACUGGGACCUUCUGCAGAGGUCAAGAGGUCACUCCAACCUUCAAGGCACAGUCACAUCUUCUAAGGAUAUAGAUGUUGAGAAAGAACAAAUGAGAGUGCUGAAAGGAAGAACUGAGGGCGACAUCCUUGUUUUAUGUAACCUCAGUAAGAGCUACCAAGGCUUCCUGAAAAGGACCACUGCUGUGCAGGAUAUUAGUUUGGGCGUAGGGAGAGGAGAGUGCUUUGGACUUCUAGGAGCAAAUGGAGCUGGGAAAACCACUACAUUCAAAAUGUUAAAUGGAGAUAUCUCUCCCACCGCAGGCCAUGCUGUCAUCAGAACUUCCAUGGGAGAGGACGUGGACCCCUCUUGUGCAGACAGAGCAGGAAUUCGCAUUGGCUACUGUCCCCAGCAGGAUGCUCUGGAUGAGCUCCUGACUGGCUGGGAACACCUCAGAUAUUACUGCAGCCUUCGAGGGAUUCCAAAGUCGUGCAUCCCUGAGGUUGCUGGGGACCUCGUGCAGCGUUUACACCUAGAAGCCCAUGUGGACAAACCUGUGGGCACCUAUAGUGGUGGUACCAAGCGGAAGCUCUCCACAGCCCUGGCCCUCCUGGGAAAACCUGAUCUUCUUCUAUUGGAUGAACCCAGCUCUGGGAUGGAUCCCUGUUCUAAGCGGUACCUGUGGAAAACAAUAAUGAAGGAGGUUCGAGAAGGCUGUGCUGCAGUGCUAACAUCCCACAGUAUGGAGGAAUGUGAGGCGCUUUGCACAAGACUCGCCAUAAUGAUUAAUGGCAGCUUCCGCUGCCUUGGUUCUCCCCAGCAUAUUAAAAACAGGUUUGGUGAUGGUUUUAUAGUUCGAGUUUGGCUCAGUAAAGACACAGAUCAACAUAGCAAUGUUUCUGACUGCUUGAAGCUACAUUUUCCAGGAAUCCAGUUUAAGGGGCAGCGUCUUAAUUUAUUGGAAUAUCAUGUGCCAAAAAGAUGGGCGUGCUUAGCUGAUCUAUUCAAAGUCCUUGAGACAAAUAAGACCUCCUUGAGUAUCAAAUAUUACUCCAUUAAUCAAACCACUUUGGAACAGGUAUUUAUUAAUUUUGCCAGUGAGCAGCAGCAAACUCCACCAUCUGCUUUCCAUUCAUCCUGUGACACUUAUCAGUCACAUCACGUGCCGAUCUAA